UGUUCACAACACCUGUAGCGCGAGCAAUGGCGAAGCGUAAAGGAAAGGCUCCGCGCGGCCCAGCCCAGAUGGAAGCCGAUCCCAAUUCCAAGCGAUCCCAGCUGAAGGCAAAAGUCGCGACAGCUCUGCGGCAAGCAGCCGCCGGUGAUGGGGGCCAGAAGGAGACGGGGGAGACGCUAAGGAUUCACAAGCGAGAGCUUAAGGCAGCAAUGAGCCUCAUUGACUUGGAGGCGGCCCGCUCUGCUGGUGACGCGAUUGCGAGAAAAGAAGAAUGCCGUGUGCAACUGCGCGGGCGCCGACAAAUUUGCAAGGUCGCCAGGGCGUUGCAAGGGAACGCGCCGCUCGAAGUGAAGCUUCAAGAGGCAAAGCUUCAGGAGGAGGCGCACGCGAAGGCGCAACAAAGCUUACUGCGGGAAUUGCAGGAGCAGAUAGAAAAGUUGAAGGCAGAGAAAGCUGCUAGCGACGAGCAGGCUCAAAAGCUUCACGCAAACUACCAGGAAGUGGCGCAUCUGCAGGCAAAGCUUCAGGAGGAGGCGCACGCGAAGGCGCAACAAAGCUUACUGCGGGAAUUGCAGGAGCAGAUAGAAAAGUUGAAGGCAGAGAAAGCUGCUAGCGACGAGCAGGCUCAAAAGCUUCACGCAAACUACCAGGAAGUGGCGCAUCUGCAGGCAAAGCUUCAGGAGGAGGCGCACGCGAAGGCGCAACAAAGCUUACUGCGGGAAUUGCAGGAGCAGAUAGAAAAGUUGAAGGCAGAGAAAGCUGCUAGCGACGAGCAGGCUCAAAAGCUUCAUGCAAACUACCAGGAAGUGGUUGAACAGCAAGUGAUGUUGAAUGAGCGCCUGGAGCGUCAACUAUUGCAGUUGAAGCAAGGGCAGCUGAAGCAAAGUAAUUGCGUCAUUUGCCGCAGUGCCGAGCCCGAUCAGUGUUUUUUGCCUUGCCGGCACCUUGCCUGCUGUGGCACGUGUCUUAAGGAGAUGCAGGCACGGUCAGGCAUGAAUUUUAUAGCAUGCCCCGUGUGCCGCGAACAAGCUAAAAUGUUCAUGAAAAUUUUCAAGUCUUAGAGGUCCGAUGCAAACAAUCGCCGUAGUGGAGGCA